AUGGAGCUAAAUGCACAAUAGUUAUCUGAAAUUAAAUAGGAACUCAAGAAAUUCUCUUCAACUCCCAUUUCUAAAUCUUAUAAAUUAAUAGCUUAAAUUUAUAAGGGCAAUAUUGAAACCCAAGCAUUAAUUGAUAGUGAGAUAACAAAAAGCAUUGUACGUAUAGGACAGAAAAAAUAUACAGAGGAUGAUGAGGAGAAAUAUGCCAAGGCUAUAAAAAUUUGUAGGAAGUUAGUAAAAUAAUGGAAAUAACUAAUUUUAACAAAUGAUUAAGCCGCCACAGAUCAUAUUAAAAAAGAUGAGCCCAAGAAAGAUUUGUAAAGAAUUGUUUAAAAAUAAAAACCAUCGAAAAUUGAAGAACCUAUAAUCUAAAAGAAAGUGAAACAAGAACAAGAGAAAAAAGAAACCAAACCAAUUUAGCAUAAAAAUGGAAAUUCACUUAAUACCAAGUUAUAAAAUAAUGAUAGUUAAAAUGGGAAUGGUGUACCUGUUGAUGAAGAAAAAAGAAAAAAGGCUGUUGAAGGAUUGAAGAAAUAUUUCUAUUAAUAGACACAAAAAGAAGAGGCGGAAUGGUCAAAAAAAAUAGAAUAAGCAAUAUUUGAUCUUCAUAAAUCAUCUGUUUAGGAUUAUAUGGAUAGAGUUAAAUCAGCCGUUAAAUUGAUUGAUAGAAAUGCAGAAUUCAGAAGUAAAUUACUGAAUGGAGAAUUUGAUCUUGUGUCUGAAAUUAAAAAAUUAAAAUGA